AUGGACCCCGUCAUUAUAACGCCGGACGAUGUAGCUGAGGCGGUCCGAAGGGCCCCGAACUGGAAAAGUCCAGGGCUCGACGGGCUGCAUCACUACUGGCUGAAGGGGUUCGUGGUGUGUCACGCUGUGCUCGCCCGACAAUUUCAAGAGGCUCUCGACCAAAAGUCGCUCCCGAGCCUCUUCACUACUGGGAUCACUCAUUUGGUUCCUAAAGACCGGGAUUCCACAGACCCGAGCAAAUACCGCCCCAUCACGUGUCUACCCACGAUAUAUAAGACACUAACAUCCAUUUUAAGCGCGAGAAUCACUCGUCACCUGAACUCAAAUCAGGUGAUGUCGCGCGCUCAAAAUGGAUGUCGGGGCGGUGGUCGUGGAACCAAGGAACCACUCCUCAUUGACGCGGUCAUUGGCAAAGUGGUUAAACGCAACCGUCGGAACCUAUCCGCCGCCUGGAUAGACUACAAAAAGGCAUUCGACUCGGUGCCUCAUACAUGGCUGAAGAGGGUCCUCGAGCUGUACAAGGUUGACUGUACAGUUAGAGCUGUACAAGGUUGA